AUUUAGCCUCUUUUGUGUGCCCUUUUCUGCUACUUGUCUCUUGUCUCACUAAAUUCCGUCCGACUAUUGAUUAUUCGAUCCCUACGUAGGUACCCAAGGUAUCCCACCAACCUACCCUGACUGUGCCUACCCACCCACCACCACCACCACCACCACCCACUUUGGCCCCAUCUUACUACUUCUUGUGUCUACCUGCAGAUUAUCUUUUCUCCCGCCUCCAAACACUUUUGUCCAUCUUCACUUUCCUUUCCCUAAUUCAUCAAUAACAGAAACUCUCCACUCCUCAUUUCUCCAUCAAAGGGAAAGCUUUACGGCAAAACCGCCUUAUCCUCUCAUUCCGAACGACAUUCAAUUGUAGCAUUCUACACUGCUACCCGCCACCUUCGUGUUUUCUUCUUUUGCCCAAAUCUUUAUUUACCAGUCUUCAUCGAUAUCCAUAAUGUCUUCUACCGCUACGAGAACAGCUGCCCGCCCCAUGUGGCGCUACUUCCAGGCUGCCCGUCCCUUCCGUGCCUCUCCCUUCCGCCAACCCUUGAACCGACGCUUCCAGGGCACCGCGUCGUCCGCCGAGGCCACUGGCGCCGAGCAGCAGAGCCUGGCAAAGCGUCUUUGGAACAGCCCUGUUGGCGUUAAGACUGUGCACUUUUGGGCUCCUGUUAUGAAGUGGGGUCUCGUCCUCGCCGGUAUCAGUGACUUCGCCCGUCCCGCUUCGGCGCUCAGCUUAACGCAAAACAUUGCCUUGAUGGCAACUGGUAUGAUCUGGACCCGGUGGUGUCUGAUCAUUAAGCCCAAGAAUGUUCUGCUCGCCGCGGUCAACUUCUUCCUCGCCUUGGUCGGUAUCACUCAGGUCACGCGCAUCAUGCUCUGGCGACGCACGCAAGAGGAGUCCACCGUCUCCAAGGUCGAGAGUAGCGUCAAGGACGCUGUGUCCGAUACCAAGGCCACUGCCAAGCAGGUGGUUGAGUAAACCAAUCCCUCUUAGCAUCAAUUUUUCCUUUUUUCCUCUUUCGACUUUGGACCCGGCCAACGUCCGUCGCGUUGUACGAUGUGUGUAAUUGAUUCGCGUUGGAUUUCUGCGCCUUUUCUCUGCCUCGGGGAUAUAUUUGGGGUUGAUUGAUUGAUUGAUUGACUGACUGGCUCCGCGCUUCUUUCUUUCCACACUUUUACCUUUUUCCCCCUCCCUGCAAAGAAAUACGCACAGCGCACGUACAAUUGUCUGCGUUCGCCCCGUUUUUAUUUUCUUUUACUAUAAAAGAUUGGGGGGGCGUAUGGUCGGGCAACGGGACGGACGCGACACCCCAAGGGAUGCUUUUUCAUCCCCCAUUGGUUUUGAUAUCAUGUCUGCGGCCAUAUACAUUAUGUCAUUUUAUCUCUUGCAUUGUCCACUAGUCCACUAGUUUUUAUAUCAUUCAAUACACUACCAUUUC